AUGGUAAUUGACCCGGUCAUCCUUUUAAACGAGGCUUGGCGACCGCUUCAUCCUGUCAGCGUCACACUCAUACACAUGGAAGAAGAUACAUCCUUGACUCAAGAUCACUAUAUGACAAUCAACCUUCUUGCGAAUUAUGUUACAUAUGAUACACUCCCAAACAUCGGAUCCCUCUUAGCUCAGUUGGUAGAGCGCUACACUAGUAUUGAACUAGAAGCACAACUGCGAUAUGUAGCGGAUGCAUCCUGUAUCACAGGAUUCAUUGGUCUCCUGAAUGAAGUGAAACUCCAUGCGGCGCGAUCUUGUUCACACAGCAGUCAGUCUCGCGAGCGUGGGCAGGGCGACCCCCAUCUGCACGCGUGGUACCGGCGUGAAACGACUCUGGGCUUGGCGAAAUGCGGUUCAUCCGUGCUGCUAUACUUUGCCUGGCCCACAAUGACAACGACCCUCCACAACUUCCUGACCAUGAUUCGACAAGUCUCCGACACUCAAAAGUCUUUAGAAGCAGGUGCUCGAUCAGAGCAGGGCUUCGACAGAGAAGAUAAGGAAAAGAUCAGUAGGUUUGGUACUCUCCCUUCCAUCCUUGUUCGAAGAGACACGGAAAGAACUAUAGUCAACAGGCAUGCUGUAUCUUCUCGUUGUUCCGCAACAACACCUGUAUGGAUCGACGUCGAAUUUGACUACAAGCGCAGGAAGGAGCGGUAG